AUAUGAACUGUGCGACGGGCUAACAAAGAGGAAUGGCAAAUAGAGAGUAAAGCAAGAUGGAACAAAGGUAGUUGGAAACAGAUCAAGACUGUGUAGCAGGGGUAGUAUUAUGGGGAAGCCAGGUAAUGUGUUUGGAAGUAAACUCAAACAGAGUAACAGUGAUGAGGGGGGGUUAUCUGGCUUUUUCCCUGGAUGUCCCGGUGGAUGGACAGAUGAUGGGAUCCUCGCGAUGGGCAGAAGCAGCGCCAGAUUACCAUCAUCCACCGCUAAGAAAGACUACGUGGGCCAGUGUUCAGGAUGAGCCAUGCACUCCGGAAAGGCACAGGACAUCCACCCCUAUCACAUCUCUGACGGACGCCACUUGGACAUCUCCCCGCGACAUGGACCACGAGGACGGAGCCAAUGGGAGCAUUUUGAAUGCAGAUGUUCAGGGCCGAUGGGUUUUAAGUCCAAGUAAAAAAGGCGCGGUCAAUCCAACGGCGGUGCGGUAUCUGGCGCAACCCGGACGCGGGACCUAGGGAUUAUUCCCUGGACUGACCCAGCAGGGGUUUCCCGAUGGUUGCGCGGGCAGAAAUAGAUGAGGCCUCGGGGAUAGAUAAUCAAUGUAAAUAAACGGGGAGAGGGGGGACAGAGGGGGGGGGUGUAAUCAUCU